GUUUAUCCCAAUAUGAAGUGUGUGUAAAAUAAAAUAAAAAAAAAUACUAAAAAAUGAAGAUAGUUUUUGCAUACAUUUUUGUAUAUAUAAGCCACAAUGUUAUCGGCCUAAAAACAACGUAUAAAGGAUUCAACACAUUAUCUAUAGAGCCGAUAGACUAUGGUGUUGACAAACAUUAUUUCAAUGCGGGUAUUCGUAAAUCAAUAAUUUGUAAAGGCGGUGAUAAAAACGAUAAGGUGGAGUGGGUAAAUCCUUCUGGAAGCGUGGUGCCUCGAGUCGCGACGGACAGAGUGUUUGUCCAGGAACACUUUGUUCCUUCGUACAGAGCUCGUAUUCCUGCUGCUGUGCUCGUCUUCAGCCAUCUGGCUGUGGAAGAUAGUGGCGUGUGGCAGUGCCGGACUGAACGGAGGAGUAAAGAGGUUUCGCUUUGUGUUUUAGAUCCAGUAGAAUUUGUAGACACUCCAACUGAGGUGACGGUGGAUCUUGGGCGGUCAAUCACGUUGACCUGUCAGGCUCAUGGGGAACCGGAGCCUUCACUGGUAUGGUACCGAAAUGGAGAUGUUAUUGUAGACGACACAACAAAGUUCAUGAUAUCAACGAAGUACAAUAGCCAAGGGUUUGAAGGUCUUCUUACUAUCAGAUCAUUAGAAAGAGAAGACAGUGGGAUCUAUGGCUGUGAAGCGAUACAAUCAAGUCAUCAUGAUGAAGAGUGUUCUGCGAGCAGUAGCAUUAAUAUUACAUUAAAUAUAAAUUACGCCCCUAUCUUCACAAACGGCAAUGACACGAGCGUGGUAUUCGUCAAAGACAACGAAAAUGUGGAGCUAGUCUGUUCAGUGGAUGCUUUUCCCGAACCAACAUACAGAUGGUUCAAAGAGCUUGGUGAUGUUUUAUCAGAAUUGCCUCAAAGCGAAAUACACGUGGAAGAUGAUAAAACAAAAUCGCACAUAUCUUUAAAUGCAAAUGAAUCUUUAUUUGGUCAGCGGUUUAGAUGUCGAGCGACAAAUCAGUUUGGGACUGUGGAUAAAGUGUUUGCGAUUCAGAGAUUGGAGGAACCUGAUGCGCCUACUGAGGUUACUGUAAAUAACUUUACUCACAAUUCAGUACAACUUGCUAUUAUUUGGGAGGAAGAAGCGUUUUAUCAAGUCGGUGGUGCUGAAAUUCAAUACAUGAAAGCAGAAAAGACAAAGAAAAAAGCCUCAUUGGAUUGGCGGAAGGCCAAAUCAGUCCAAUUAAGUUUAGACGAAUUCGAUUCUAUAGAGAGUGAAAUAGGAGGUGCCCUCAUAACCCUACCAAAUUUAGAAGUAACAACUGCCUACUGGAUCCGAGUGCGCGCGACAAACGAAGCUGGCUGGUCGUCCUGGUCGUCCCCACUCAAAGCAGUAACAGAUGAUGAACCAGAGGAUACUCCAGCAGCUCCUUCUAGCAUUCGUUCACCAACGCAUGAUACUGAGGCACGUUUCUAUGGGCUGUUGUUCGCGGGAGGCGUGCUGGUUGUAGCUUUCGGCUCUAUGUUUGUUGUGCGGCUUGUGUAGUCUUGGGAAAUAUAUUUUUGUGAAGUAA